GUUUCAUGGAACCGGCCACCUAAUAAUAAUACCAGUGGUUGUUUCCAUGUUUAGAUAAAGGUUACCCGUUCAAUUUUCCGGUACAAAUACGCGUUUUCUCUUUCCCCCCAAUUGUGUAUUUAAUAGAGAAUUAAACAAACAGGUUUUAGAAUCACAAUUCAAUUCAGAUUUCAGAGUCACAAAUUCUUCUUCUUCUUCUUCUUUUUUGUUUCAAACAACUCAGAGAUACACAUAACGACAUUAAUUUAGUAGUAAAUAAUGGGGAAUUGCUUUUCCGAUAUAGAGGGCGGUCAGCAGGCUGUCGGUGGUAGGGCUCAGGCCACAACAUCCGCCGCCGCCGCCGCCGGCGAUGGACCCAACGACGCCGUUGACUAUUUCUUCAGGGCUAGAGGUGAACAAGCCCUUUUCACCCCAAUCCAGUUGUCUCUAUCAGCUUCAAAGCUACUUGAUCGUGAUUUUACAUCAAAGAGUGAUCCAAUGGCAGUCGUUUACAUGAAGAAAAGAGAUGGAAAGCUUGAAGAACUUGGCCGCACCGAAGUUAUAAUGAACAACUUAGACCCUAUUUGGAUUCAGAAGAUAAACGUUACUUACCAGUUUGAGAUUGUUCAACCAUUGAUCUUUCGCGUGUAUGACGUGGACACCAAGUAUCAUAAUCUACCUGUGAAGACGUUGAAGUUGGAAGAUCAAGAUUUCCUCGGUGAAGCUAGUUGUGUUGUCUCUGAGAUUGUAACGAAACGAAAUCAAACUAUAACCUUAAACAUUAAUAACAUAAACGGACAAAUUAGUUCAAGAAAAAUGGGGACACUUACUGUCCAGUCAGAGGAAACUGUUGCUUCGAGGAACGCUGUGGAGAUCACGUUUCGCUGUUCGGCUCUACAGAACAAGGAUCUGUUUUCGAAAAGUGAUCCUUUCUUAAGAAUCUCAAGGGCAAUUGAAUCGGGAGGUUUUCUUCCCAUUUGCAAGACGGAAGUCGUGAACAACAACUUGAACCCUACUUGGAGACCAGUUUGUCUAACCAUGCAACAAUUUAUCAGCAAGGAGAACCCAUUGAUGAUUGAGUGUUUUGAUUUCGAUACAAGUGGAAAACAUCCCCUAAUUGGAAAAGUACAGAAAUCAAUGGCAGAACUCGAAACCCUUUACCAAAGUAAAGCCAGUGCACAUUUCAUCUCCCCAUCUUCCGGAUUCAGACAUCACGAAAAGGUUCUCAAGGGUGAAAUUUUUGUCGACCGAUAUGAGGAGAAACAACUCUACAGCUUUCUCGACUACGUUUCCAGUGGAUUCGAACUUAGUUUCAUGGUUGCUGUUGACUUUACAGCUUCCAAUGGAAAUCCGAGAAAUGCAAAUUCUUUGCAUUACAUUGAUCCUUCAGGUCAGAGAAACGCCUAUCAGCAGGCAAUAAUGGAGAUUGGAGAGGUGAUACAAUUCUACGAUUCAGACAGACGUUUUCCUGCUUGGGGAUUCGGUGGAAGAAUACCCAAUGCUUCAGUAUCUCACUGUUUCAACUUGAAUGGAAGUGUAUCCGAUUGUGAGGUUGAAGGUGUGGAAGGUAUAAUGGGUGCUUACACGAGCGCAUUGUACAACGUGGCUCUAGCUGGGCCCACACUAUUCGGGCCAGUCAUAAACAAGGCUGCAGAUAUUGCCGGUCACUCUCUCUCUCAACACCACGCCAAGUACUACGUCUUGCUGAUUAUCACGGAUGGUGUAGUCUCUGAUCUUCAAGAAACAAUUAACUCGAUUGUUAGGGCUUCUGAUUUGCCGCUUUCGAUACUUAUUGUUGGAGUAGGUGGUGCAGAUUUCAAGGACAUGGAGAUACUUGAUGCUGACAAGGGACAACGAUUGGAAUGCUCUACGGGAAGGAUAGCAACACGAGACAUUGUUCAGUUUGUUCCGAUGCGUGAAAUUCAUCGUGGAGAGAUCUCAGUGGUUCAGGCACUAUUGGAAGAAUUGCCGUCUCAGUUUCUAACAUACGUUCGUUCCAGAGAUAUUAAGCCACUCAACUUGUCUUAAAAAAGCUUUACCAUUUCAUUUCUUUUAGGCUUUUUAUUAUUACAUAAACAACGUAUAUAUCUCUAUAAUGUAGAGAGUUUUUGAAACAAUAAUUUUUUCUCUUUUUUUUUUUUUUUUUUUGAAACAGUAUCAAUAGAUAGUUUGAUUUGUUAUAUAAUUCAAAGCACAGCAAAAGUGUGAAAUGUGCAUAUUUGUGGUUAUGAAUUUUAAUUCCGAAUAUCGAUUUUAUAUUUA